AUGGAGCGAAGAAUGAGGUUUUGGGUUGUUGCACUAAUAGUGAAAGUAUGUAUGAUUAUAACAAUGACAAAGUCAAAGGGUCAAGAAGAUUAUGGGGUACAAUGGGCUUUCCUAAUUGCUGGUUCCAAAGGUUAUAGAAAUUAUAGACACCAAGCUGAUGUAUGUCAUGCAUACCAAGUAUUAAGAAUUGGUGGUCUUAAAGAUGAAAAUAUCAUUGUUAUGAUGUAUGAUGAUAUUGCUUAUAAUAAAGAAAAUCCACACCCCGGCUAUAUAGCUAAUAAACCCCAUGGGAUAAAUGUUUAUUUUAAUGUUCCCAAGGAUUAUACAGGAAAGGAUGCAACUAAAGAAAAUUUUUACGCAGUGCUUAGCGGAAAAAAAAGUGGUGUUAAGGGAGGUAGUGGUAAGGUGCUGGAUACUAACCCAGAUGAUACCAUUUUCAUUUUCUUUUCUGGCCAUGGUAACACUGGCCUAAUAGCACUGCCAGAUGGGAGAACUGUAUAUGCCGACAGAUUCAUUAAUACAUUGAAAGCGAAAAUCAAUUACAAUAAAAUGGUGAUAUACCUAGAAUCAUGUAAUGCUGGGAGCAUGUUUCAAGGGCUUCUUCCAAAUAAUCUGAAUAUUUAUGCAACCACAGCUUCCAAUCCAUUUGAGAAUAGUUACGCAUUUUACUGUCCAAAGAGGCAAAGUUCUCCACCUCCUCAAUAUACAGUUUGUUUGGGUAAUUUGUACAGCAUUUCUUGGCUUGAAGACAGUGAACAAAAUGAUAGAGAAUCUGAAUCUUUGAAUCAACAAUAUUUGAAGAAAUUGUCAAGCUUGGACAUUGGUGGUGAGAUAUUGCAAGCAAUUGGUGGUUUAAGAAACUUGCAAUCCAUUUAUUCGUGGGAUUACAUCUUCAUCAGACAUUUCUACAAAAAUAGCUUGAGGUUAGAAGGGAAAAAAAUAAGUCAGAGGAUGAAGUAUUUGCAAGAUUUAGUGUCAGGAUGCAACAAAAUUGCAGGCAAAGCUGAAAUGCUUGAUGAAAUAAUUAACUAUAUGUUUAGUCUCUUCAACUUCAAGUUGAGUUGGAAAAGGCACCAAGCUCAAAUUGAGUUAGAUGAUGAAAUUUCUCGUAGAAAACAUGAGGACCAGAGUGUAUAUCUCAUAUGGAAAAUUUUGUUUGGAGAAGACACAAGAUCUAUUAUGAUGGCAAAUCUCCGUUCAGAUGCUCAACCUCUUGUAGAUGAUUGGAAUUGUCUUAGAAUACUUAAAAAAACAGCAGCGGCAUCUCAAGUUUGUCGUGUUCCUUAAAUUUCCUUAAAUUUUGCAUGUGAUCUUUCUCUUUUAUAAAAUUUGUGUACCCAUUGGAGCAAACCUCAAGUUUCAUAUCUCCACGUUAUAUAUACUACUAGUAUGUGAUAUCACUCAUAUGUGAGACUUUUUUA